AUGACAAUUAUGGGGAACAGAUCAGAAGUGAAUGAAUUCAUCCUUGUAGGAUUAACAGAUGCCCCAGAGCUUCAGGUCCCUCUCUUCAUAAUGUUCACUAUUAUCUACCUCAUCACCUUGGUGGGGAACCUGGGGAUGGUUGGUCUGAUUUUCUGUGACUCCAAUCUCCACACCCCCAUGUACUUUUUUCUCAGUAACCUCUCUCUGGUGGAUUUUGGCUAUUCCACAGCUAUUACUCCUAAGGUGAUGGCUGGGUUCCUCAUGGGGGACAAGGUUAUCUCUUAUAAUGCGUGUGCUACACAGUUUUUCAUCUUUGUGGCCUUUUCCACUGUUGAAAGUUUUCUUCUGGCUGCAAUGGCCUAUGAUCGCCAUGCAGCUGUGUGUAAGCCCCUCCAUUAUACCACCACCAUGACAUCCAAUGUGUGUGCUGCUCUGGCCAUUGGUUCCUAUGUCUGUGGUUUUCUGAAUUCCUCCAUUCACACAAGAGAUACUUUCAGCUUUGACUUCUGUAGUUCCAAUGUGAUUCAUCACUUUUUCUGUGAUUUUCCAGCACUUGUGGCUCUGUCCUGUUCUGAAACACAUAUCAGUGAACUGAUUGUCUUCUUUGUUGUGGGAUUCAAUGACUUCUUUGCCAUUAUAGUCAUCUUGAUUUCUUAUUUAUUCAUCUUCAUUGCCAUCCUGCGAAUGCGUUCAGCUGAGGGUCGACAGAAAGCUUUCUCCACUUGUACUUCCCACGUUACAGCAGUGUCCAUGUUCUAUGGGACAGGGAUCUUCAUGUACUUACAACCCAGUUCUAGUCAUUCCAUGGAUACAGACAAAAUAGCAUCUGUCUUCUAUACCAUGAUCAUUCCCAUGUUGAACCCUCUGGUCUAUAGCCUGAGGAAUAAGGAAGUCAAAAAAGCUUUCAUAAAAAUUUCUGAGGGGAUAAAAUCAUCAUUAGGUGCAUCCUUUUAA